AUGAUGUACUUUGCAUUCAAUAGAGUAACCGAAAAUAGAAUUCCAGCAUUCGUCAUAUCACAAGAACCAUCAUUCAACUACCCUAGAAGACUGAAGUCCUUCGAGAAGUCAGUAGAAGUCUUGUUCAAAGAGGUCGAGAAGAACCCAGACCAAUACUGGGUAUCUAACACAGCACUCACGGAAGUCCAAAUCGAUGUUCCUAUCAGACCCUUCCUUGCCAAAUACGAAAAUGACGACUCCUGGGCUAGCAAGAAGGAACUAUACUACGAUCCAAGAUUCACACUUUCCAUGUAUUUAAACGAACUUAGAACACAAUAUUUAAGAACAAAAGACGCGGGAUCAAGAGUGGUCGAUGCCAAUCUGUAUCUGAACACUCCCAUUUUACCUUUCAACUGGGCAGACUGGAUGGACUUGACUUCGUUGAACAAAGAGUUGGUCAAACCUAUUGAUGAAAGGAUUAGCUGUGAAUGGUUGAUGGAAAACACCAACAACCAGCCAGACCCAUAUUUCUGUAUCGAAAACAAUGAUUUUCCAGAGUCUGAACUCAAGGCAUUGGGAUUUAAGUAUAAAGAACAAUUACCAGGAGCCAUAAUCAAUGCACAUGCCAGACACGAAGACCGUUCUGUCAACAACCUCCGAGUUUUCCAAGCUAAAGCGCAUGCUCUCACACAUUUGCCAAAACCUUAUCGUGUGAUAAUCUUAAAUGGAGACAAAAAAGGUGGUACCUACGAAUUUGAUGUAGACUUGAACUCUAAUCAGAGAUUGGCUAGCUCACAAAUGAUAGACAAUUACUUAGUCAGCAACAAUAUCAAUAUUGAAGAAGUAGACGAAGACUUCGUUAUCAAGUUGAACCACAUCGAUGAGUUGAACAAGUUGAAGGAAGCCGUCACUCCCCUUCAUUUACAGCCAGAAGAUAAGGGUUACAAAAUGUACCACACACUCAAGAAGCAAUCCAAUCCCAGAGCAUCCAGAGAGUUUCACUUAGAAGCCAAAUCAUUCAAUUUUGAAAGCAUCGAACUGCAAGCAGAAGCAUUGAUAAAUAAACCCGAGCUUUCACACCUGGAAAAACUGUACCUUUCUGGGUUGAUUGAAUGUGCUCAAUACAACGAUACUUCUGAGCCAGUCUAUUUCGGAAUGCCAGUCAUCGACAACCAAGAUCCAGACAAUCUUGACCACGAAUGGGGUUGGCACUACGACUGGAGGUUCUUCAACGGAGCUUUGAAUUACCAUAGAGAAGGUUGGACUCAACAAGACAAGAAUAUUAGAACAAAUAUCAUAUUGGAAAGAUUGUUGAGGACAUGGAACACUUUUGCCGAAGAGAAAGGUAUCAUUUCUUGGAUAAUGCAUGGUCCAUUGUUGUCAUGGUAUUGGAAUGGGUUGAUGUUUCCAUUUGACGUUGAUAUCGAUAUUCAAAUGCCAAUGGCAGAUCUUGUUCGUUUAGCUCGUGACUUCAACCAGACCUUAGUUGUUGAAAACCCAGAAGAUGGCUACGGUAGAUUCUUAAUUGAUGUUGGCAGCUAUAUGCAUCACAGAGGGAUUUCAGGUCAUAACCAUAUUGAUGCCAGAUUCGUCGACGUCGACUCCGGUAUUUAUAUUGACAUCACCGGUCUCAGUAAGUCAGAUGCCAAUUUGCCGGAAGAGUAUAGCAAAAAGGAAAAGUUCGAAUUGACUGAAAUUUCGAAGCAAGAUGGAGACGACAAAGCAGAAAUCUACAACGAUCGCCGUAAGCAUUUUUACAAGUUGGAUCAAUUGUCUCCUUUACGUUACUCUAUGAUGGGUGGUGUCCCAGUGUACAUUCCAUCUACCAUAACCAACAGAUUAAAGUUCGAGUAUUCCAAAGGUUUAUCUCGUUAUGAAUACGGUGGUUGGUACUUUGUAAGCGUGUUGAACUUGUGGAUACAAGAAACAUAUAUAAUAGACACGUUUUCGAAGACUAACUUCUACAAAGAGGAUGACAUUGAAAAGGUUGACAAAGAAAAGGUCACUAAUUUUGUUCAGAACAUGACAGAAGAAGACGCUCUUAGCUUGCUUGAAGUCACUGAUGUUCUUGUGGAAUACUACCUCACUAAGAAACACACAGAUACCCAUACCCUUGAGAGUAUAUUCCUUUUUGACAGAACAGGUAAUGAUACCAACUUCCUGGCACAGACACCACACUUCAAGGAAAUUUACAACGAGCUCACAUCUACAUUCAAGAUUGCACCCAAACCGCUCAGAAAGUGCUUGUAUGACUUUGAAAACAUAGAGAAGCCUAGAAGACAAGCAAGAAUUCUGAACUAA